CGGCGGCGGGAGGAGGGGGACCGGGGAGCAGGCAGCAGCGGCAGGAGGGGACCGAGGAACCGGCGGCGGCAGUAGCAGCCGGGUUGCUAGGGAUGGAGAGAUCCCGUGUCACCCGGAUGUGAGUGUCAUGUUGGCCCAAACUCUGAGGGAUUUGGCAGCGGCGAAGCAGCAGCGGCAGGAGGAGGAGGAGCAGCGGCAGCCCCUCGCACGUCUCUAGUCACUACCAUGGGGGUCGGGUAGCGGGUAGCGCAGGGGCAGCGCGCACCUGGCUCGGGGUGGGGUUGGGGGGCGUCUCUGCCCUUUUUUGUUUUUUCAUUUUCCUCUCACACGCUGGAGAAAGUGAGAAAAAUGCACCAGCAGCAGCAGCCCGAGCAGCACCCUGAAGAGGUGAACUAUGCAAGUAGCACCAGGAUUCCUCUCCCUGGUGACGGACCAGCUAUUCAGUCAAACAGUUCAGCACCAUCCAAGCAAACUGUUCUAUCUUGGCAAGCUGCAAUCGAUGCUGCUAGACAAGCAAAGGCUGCCCAAAACAUGAGUACCACCACAGCCCAGCCUGUAGGAUCUCUGUCCCAAAGAAAACGCCAGCAAUAUGCCAAGAGCAAAAAACAGGGUAAUACGUCCAAUAGUCGGCCACCCCGUGCCCUUUUCUGUUUAUCCCUCAACAAUCCAAUACGAAGAGCCUGCAUUAGUCUAGUAGAAUGGAAACCAUUUGACAUAUUUAUACUACUGUCUAUUUUUGCCAAUUGUGUGGCCUUAGCUGUUUACAUCCCAUUCCCAGAAGAUGAUUCUAAUUCAACUAAUCAUAAUUUGGAAAAAGUAGAAUAUGCCUUCCUGAUAAUUUUUACAGUUGAAACAUUUUUGAAGAUUAUAGCAUAUGGAUUAUUAUUACACCCCAAUGCAUAUGUUAGAAACGGAUGGAAUUUAUUGGAUUUUGUAAUAGUAAUAGUAGGAUUAUUUAGUGUAAUAUUGGAACAAUUAACCAAAGAAACAGACGGUGGCAGCCACUCAGGUGGCAAACCUGGUGGCUUUGAUGUCAAAGCCCUAAGAGCCUUUCGUGUACUGCGACCUCUCCGACUUGUAUCAGGAGUGCCCAGUUUACAAGUUGUCCUGAACUCCAUUAUAAAAGCCAUGGUCCCCCUCCUCCAUAUUGCCCUUUUGGUAUUGUUUGUAAUCAUAAUCUAUGCUAUUAUAGGAUUGGAACUUUUUAUUGGAAAAAUGCACAAAUCUUGUUUUCUUAUUGAUUCAGAUAUACUAGUUGAAGAUGAUCCAGCACCUUGUGCAUUCUCAGGGAACGGCCGUCAGUGUGUCAUGAAUGGCACCGAAUGUAAGGGUGGAUGGGUUGGACCGAACGGAGGCAUAACCAACUUCGAUAACUUUGCAUUUGCAAUGCUGACUGUAUUCCAGUGUAUAACCAUGGAAGGGUGGACUGAUGUGUUGUACUGGAUGAAUGAUGCAAUGGGAUUUGAAUUGCCAUGGGUGUAUUUUGUCAGUCUCGUCAUCUUUGGGUCAUUUUUCGUACUAAAUCUUGUUCUUGGUGUAUUGAGCGGAGAAUUUUCCAAAGAAAGGGAAAAAGCCAAGGCCCGAGGUGACUUUCAGAAGCUACGUGAAAAACAACAGCUCGAAGAAGAUCUGAAGGGAUAUUUGGACUGGAUUACCCAGGCAGAAGACAUUGACCCCGAGAAUGAUGAAGAGGCUGAUGAAGAAGGCAAGAGGAACAGGCUUACACUGGCUGACUUAAUGGAAGACAAGAAGAAAAGCAGACUUAGCUGCUUUGGCCGUUCUUCCAAUAAACAUGCGAGCAUGCCCACCAGCGAGACCGAGUCCGUCAACACGGAGAACGUCAGCGGGGAAGGGGAGAGCCCGGCGUGCUGUGGGAGUUUGUGUCAAACCAUCUCAAAAUCCAAGUUCAGUCGGCGCUGGCGUCGCUGGAACCGCUUUAACAGAAGAAAAUGUAGGGCUGCAGUAAAAUCUGUCACAUUUUAUUGGCUUGUUAUUGUCUUGGUCUUUUUGAACACGUUAACUAUCUCAUCAGAGCAUUACAAUCAACCUGACUGGCUGACCCAGAUCCAAGAUAUCGCAAAUAAAGUUCUUCUGGCUUUAUUCACCUGUGAAAUGUUAGUAAAGAUGUACAGCUUGGGCCUACAGGCCUAUUUUGUUUCUCUCUUUAACCGCUUUGAUUGCUUCGUUGUUUGUGGUGGCAUUGUUGAAACCAUUUUGGUGGAGUUGGAAAUUAUGUCACCCCUUGGGAUUUCAGUGUUUCGCUGUGUUCGUCUCCUGCGUAUAUUUAAAGUAACAAGGCACUGGGCAUCCCUGAGCAACUUGGUAGCAUCCUUGUUAAACUCAAUGAAGUCCAUUGCUUCACUGUUGCUUCUGCUUUUCCUCUUCAUCAUAAUCUUCUCGUUGCUUGGAAUGCAGCUGUUUGGAGGCAAAUUUAAUUUUGAUGAAACUCAAACAAAACGGAGCACCUUCGAUAAUUUUCCACAAGCCCUUUUAACUGUAUUCCAGAUCCUAACAGGUGAAGACUGGAAUGCUGUCAUGUAUGAUGGCAUAAUGGCAUACGGUGGUCCCUCAUCCUCAGGCAUGAUCGUCUGUAUAUAUUUCAUUAUCCUCUUCAUCUGUGGUAACUAUAUCUUGCUAAAUGUCUUCUUGGCCAUUGCUGUGGAUAACUUGGCAGAUGCUGAAAGUCUAAAUACAGCUCAGAAAGAAGAAGCUGAAGAAAAGGAAAGGAAAAAGAAUGCAAGAAAGGAGAGUCUGGAAAAUAAAAAAAGUGAGAAGUCAGAAGGUGAUCAAAAGAAGCCCAAGGAUAGUAAGGUGACAAUUGGCGAAUAUGGAGAAGGAGAGGAUGAGGAUAAAGAUCCCUAUCCCCCCUGUGAUGUACCAGUGGGUGAAGAUGAAGAAGAUGAGGAGGAUGAACCAGAGGUACCAGCAGGCCCACGUCCCCGUAGAAUAUCAGAACUCAACAUGAAGGAGAAGAUAACACCAAUCCCUGAAGGGAGUGCCUUCUUCAUUUUCAGCAGCACCAACCCAAUUCGAGUGGGAUGCCACAGACUUAUCAAUCACCACAUCUUUACCAAUCUCAUCCUCGUCUUCAUCAUGCUGAGCAGUGUUUCCUUAGCAGCAGAAGAUCCAAUUCGCAGCCACUCUUUUCGAAAUAAUAUACUUGGUUACUUUGACUAUGCUUUCACAGCCAUCUUUACUGUUGAAAUCCUGUUAAAGAUCCUAGGGUAUGCAGAUUAUGUCUUCACUAGUAUGUUUACAUUUGAGAUCAUUUUGAAGAUGACAGCUUUUGGAGCAUUCCUUCAUAAAGGGUCCUUCUGCAGGAAUUAUUUUAAUUUGCUGGAUUUGCUGGUUGUGGGUGUUUCUCUGGUAUCAUUUGGGAUUCAAUCAAGUGCUAUCUCAGUCGUGAAGAUUCUCAGAGUUUUAAGGGUCUUGAGGCCUCUAAGGGCAAUAAACAGAGCAAAAGGACUUAAGCACGUUGUUCAAUGUGUCUUUGUGGCUAUUAGAACUAUUGGUAAUAUCAUGAUUGUUACCACUCUGCUGCAAUUCAUGUUUGCUUGUAUUGGGGUGCAGCUGUUCAAGGGAAAAUUCUACAAGUGCACAGAUGAGGCAAAACAGAACCCCGAGGAAUGCCGAGGGAUUUACAUCGUUUACAAGGAUGGAGAUGUCGAUAGUCCCAUGGUCAAAGAGAGAGUCUGGCAAAACAGUGAUUUCAACUUUGAUAAUGUUCUGUCUGCUAUGAUGGCCCUUUUCACAGUCUCCACCUUUGAAGGCUGGCCAGCGCUGCUAUACAAAGCCAUUGAUUCAAAUGGCGAGAAUGUAGGACCUGUAUACAACUAUAGAGUGGAGAUCUCAAUUUUUUUCAUCAUCUAUAUCAUCAUUAUUGCUUUCUUUAUGAUGAACAUAUUUGUUGGUUUUGUGAUUGUUACGUUCCAAGAACAGGGAGAACAAGAGUACAAGAACUGUGAGCUGGACAAAAAUCAGCGUCAGUGUGUAGAGUAUGCCUUGAAGGCACGUCCUCUCCGUAGAUAUAUUCCAAAAAACCCUUACCAGUACAAGUUCUGGUAUGUGGUCAACUCUACUGGAUUUGAAUACAUCAUGUUUGUUCUCAUCAUGCUGAACACCCUUUGCUUGGCUAUGCAGCACUAUGGACAGUCCAAGCUAUUUAAUGAUGCGAUGGACAUUAUGAAUAUGGUUUUCACAGGAGUGUUCACUGUUGAAAUGGUUUUGAAACUGAUUGCAUUCAAACCCAAGGGCUAUUUUAGUGAUGCCUGGAAUACGUUUGACUCCCUCAUCGUUAUUGGCAGCAUAGUAGACGUCGUUCUCAGUGAAGCUGAUCACUAUUUCACUGAUGCAUGGAACACUUUUGAUGCCUUAAUUGUUGUUGGUAGCGUCGUUGAUAUUGCUAUAACAGAAGUUAAUCCAAAGCCAACUGAAACAGUCACAACUGAUGAGUCUGGGAACUCUGAGGACAGCGCUCGGAUCUCCAUCACUUUUUUCCGUCUCUUCCGUGUGAUGAGGUUGGUGAAGCUGCUGAGCAGAGGAGAAGGAAUCAGAACAUUACUCUGGACAUUUAUCAAGUCAUUUCAGGCUCUGCCUUACGUUGCCCUUCUGAUUGCCAUGCUGUUCUUCAUCUAUGCUGUCAUUGGAAUGCAGGUAUUUGGAAAAGUGGCCAUGAGGGACAACAAUCAAAUAAACAGAAACAACAAUUUUCAGACUUUCCCCCAAGCUGUGCUUCUUCUCUUCAGGUGUGCAACUGGAGAAGCCUGGCAGGAAAUCAUGUUGGCAUGUUUGCCUGGAAAGCGCUGUGACCCAGAAUCCGAUUAUAAUCCUGGGGAAGAAUACACGUGUGGAAGCAAUUUUGCCAUCAUUUAUUUUAUCAGUUUUUACAUGCUCUGUGCAUUCUUGAUUAUAAACUUAUUUGUGGCUGUCAUUAUGGAUAAUUUUGAUUAUUUGACACGUGACUGGUCUAUUCUGGGCCCCCACCAUUUGGAUGAAUUCAAAAGAAUAUGGUCAGAAUAUGACCCUGAAGCGAAGGGAAGGAUAAAGCACCUUGAUGUGGUGACAUUGCUGAGACGGAUUCAGCCACCACUUGGUUUUGGCAAGUUGUGCCCUCACCGAGUGGCCUGCAAGAGGUUAGUAGCCAUGAAUAUGCCACUAAACAGUGAUGGGACCGUCAUGUUCAAUGCUACUUUAUUUGCUUUGGUUAGGACUGCUCUAAAGAUAAAAACAGAAGGUAACCUGGAGCAAGCCAAUGAAGAACUUAGAGCAGUCAUAAAGAAAAUAUGGAAGAAAACAAGCAUGAAAUUACUUGACCAAGUUGUCCCUCCCGCUGGCGAUGAUGAGGUAACCGUGGGGAAGUUCUAUGCCACCUUCCUGAUACAGGACUACUUUAGGAAAUUCAAGAAACGCAAAGAACAAGGACUGGUGGGGAAAUAUCCUGCGAAGAACACCACGAUUGCUCUGCAGGCAGGACUAAGGACACUUCAUGAUAUUGGCCCAGAAAUACGCCGAGCUAUAUCCUGUGACUUGCAAGAUGAUGAACCAGAGGAAAACAAUCCAGAGGAGGAGGAAGAUGUUUAUAAAAGGAAUGGUGCCCUCUUUGGCAACCACAUAAACCACAUUAGCAGUGACAGACGAGAUUCAUUUCAGCAGAUCAACACCACACACCGUCCCUUACACGUCCAGCGGCCUUCAAUUCCCUCUGCAAGCGAUACUGAGAAAAACAUGUAUCAUCAGGCAGGAAACUCUGUGUACCACAACCAUCACAAUCACAACUCGGUAGGAAAGCACGUUCCAAACUCAACAAAUGCCAAUCUCAAUAAUGCCAACGUGUCCAAAGUCCAUGGAAGACACGCAAGUUUUGGAAAUCGUGAGCAUAGAUCUGAAAACAGUUACCGCUCACACUCCAGGACUGACCACGAGAGGCGCAGACGGCCAAGCAGUAGGAGAACACGCUACUAUGAAACAUAUAUUAGAUCUGACACUGGUGAUGGGCGCCGACCUACGAUUCGCAGGGAAGAACAUGAAGUCCAAGACUAUUGCAAUGAUGAUCAUUAUUUGGGAGAGCAGGAGUAUUACAGUGGAGAAGAAUAUUAUGAAGAUGACAGUAUGUUGUCAGGAAACAGGCACAGAUAUGAUUACCACUGUAGAUAUCACUGCCAUGACUCAGAUUUUGAGAGACCAAAAGGUUACCAUCACCCACAUGGUUUUUUUGAGGAAGAUGAUUCACAGAUGUGUUAUGAUACAAAAAGAUCUCCUAGGAGACGGCUGCUACCUCCAACACCACCACCACAUAGACGAUCUUCCUUUAACUUCGAAUGCCUCCGCCGACAAAGUAGCCAAGACGACAUUCCACUCUCUCCCAAUUUCCACCAUCGCACGGCCCUGCCACUUCACUUAAUGCAACAGCAGGUGAUGGCUGUGGCAGGUCUGGAUUCCAGCAAAGCUCAUAAACAUUCACCGAGUCGUUCAACGCGUUCCUGGGCCACCCCACCUGCCACCCCUCCCAACAGGGACCGCUCCCCCUAUUACACCCCCCUGAUCCAGGUGGACAGGGCUGACUCCACAGAGCACAUGAAUGGCAGCCUGCCCUCCCUGCACAGGAGCUCCUGGUACACGGAUGACCCCGACAUUUCCUACAGGACAUUCACACCAGCCAGCCUGACCGUCCCCAACGACUUCAGGCACAAGCACAGCGACAAGCAGAGGAGUGCAGACAGCCUGGUGGAAGCGGUACUUAUAUCUGAAGGCCUAGGAAGGUAUGCAAAGGACCCUAAAUUUGUUUCGGCUACGAAACACGAGAUUGCUGAUGCAUGUGACAUGACUAUUGACGAGAUGGAGAGUGCAGCAAGUAACCUUCUCAAUGGAAAUAUCAGCAAUGGGACCAACGGGGAUAUGUUCCCCAUUUUAAGCAGACAAGAUUACGAACUUCAAGAUUUUGGUCCUGGUUACAGCGACGAAGAGCCGGAAACGGGACGAUACGAGGAAGACUUAGCUGAUGAAAUGAUAUGCAUUACAAGCUUAUAGUAUUUAGCAAGGAAAAUGUUCUAAUAACAGAAAAAGUGCCUCGUAGUUUCAAGAUGCUAGGCACUAGCUGGAGUGAAUAACCAAUCCAAGUUUUGUAUGAGUGAUGUCACACCUCAAGGAAGCCAUAACUAAUAAAUUUAUUAUCUCCAGGUUGCCGAAAUGUGAACAGAGCUGCGGUAGGUCAAGUCUCCUCCCACAGAGUCUUCAGUUCCUCUGUAGGAAUAAGGUUAUUUUGAAACCAAGCAGAUUGUGACAAUCAGUUUUUUGAGGGCUAGAGCAGGAUUCUGAGGUGUAAUAUCUUGCCUGUCUUUCAACCUUGUGCUGCUGUCCUUCCUAGUAGAGCGGGAUUUUGUCAGUGACAAUGUCUGUAGAGGUCUGGCACAGGAUUGCGUGGGAAACAGCAACAUGAGAUGAGUGAUGACAACCAAUAAUGUCAUUACCUCAGUGCUCAAAGCAUAUCAGCUACCCCUUGCAUAUCCAUUCUAACAUUGUUUUCAAACUUGCCUCCUGAUUUCUUUUCUUAAUGCUCUUCUAAAAUACAAUUUGUCACGCUCUACCUGUUAGAGAUCGUUGGAAAAAGAAGUUAUAUAAAGAAUAAUCCGUCAUAUGUAACAUCAGUUUACAUAGGAAAAUAUCAUUCAGAUGGUCUGUUUUAUGACUAUCAUGUUAAGGGCAAAAUAUACUGGAAUAAUUGCAUUCUUACUAAUGCACUUGCAACCAGGUUAUAGUAGAACUAGAUAAGAUAGUUUGCUAAAAAUUAUAUAGUAGAAAAUAUUGUAAAUUAAUUGUAAUAUACAAUGAUUUGUAUUUGUAAAGAGAUGUUCUAUAUUUUGUAAUUAUUGUACCGUAAUUGAACUGCAGCAAUAUUUAUGGACCCUAAUUAUUGUAACUCUCCACAGAAUUCUAGAUAGAAGUAUUUUUACUUGGAAUAUAUAGAUCUAUAGGAUAAAUAUUUAAAUAGAGCCACCUCUCAGUGUAAAUCUCUUUUUGGGAUAAAGUGUCAAGUUUGAACUUGGCAACAGAUCAGACUUUUUUUAAAAAUAAUUGAGUCAAAAGAAUCUCUCUGCAUAAGGGAUGUACCAUUGACUACUCAGUCUUAUACUUGGAAAGGUAAAAAAUUUAAAGUAAUUUCAACUUUUUUUUUUUUUUACUGAAAAGUAAGUUCUAAUUUUAUUUUUGUAAUAACCCCAUGCAAAAAACCCCAAAACCCAAAGACCUUGUCAAGUUCAUGCCAGGGUAUUCCUGGUCAUGAGGCAAUUAGUUUUGACAAAAUGUAAUACCUACAUACCCUAAAUUGACACAGGAAAUAUCUGAGGCAGAAAAUACUUCACAGGUAAAUGAAAAUGCUUUACUUCAGUACUAUUUACUCUGCUUGGAAUGAGAAGAAAUGUGAUAGUAUGAUUCCACAGAACCAAAAACCUUGAUAUAAAAAAUAUUUUAUUGCCUCUACCCUUCUGUUGUUCUAUGUGUACUAUUUCAAAGAUUUAUUUUUAUGCAAUCAAGAGAGGGCUUCGAUAUUGUUCACAAUGCAGUAAAACCCUGAAAUGUCUUUGAGGCUGAAAUGACCUUGGAGGAUAAUUAAAACACCCUGAAAGCUACUGUCUAUUUUGUUAGCACUGGAUAACAAUGACUUGUUCUAACAAGUUAUCUUAUCAGGUUUUACCUGUAGUUCCUAUGCUAGAUAGCAAUCCAGUUCACAUUUUUACAAAUGUGAUGUUUAAAACAUGUCAAUAAACAUUUUGUACAUAAUGACAGUUUCCUAUGAAUAGCUUACAGACUUCCUCUGAAAUCAUUCUUAUUUCAAAUGCCAGGAUAAGAACUUAAAGGUUUGUAAAUUAUUUCUUGACCUACAUCAUUUUGUAUUAAAAACAAAUGCAAAAUGUUCUUCAAAAUAAAACUGUGUAAUAAUUUUAUUAUA